AUGCUUGAAGCGAGUGCCUUUGAAGCGAUAUUUAUGGAAUUUUUUUCGUGGACAAGCAAAUCUGACCAAAACGAACGCGAAGAAAAUAUUUUUUCUUUGAGGAUAGUUCCGUUUGUCAAGAGCGAAAUGGAGGUUCUUCUUGAGAUCACAUUGUCCAAGGGAUAUCCAGAAGUUGCCCCGAAAAUCGAGAUGAAGGAAACAAAGGGUCUCAAUCUUAAUAUGAUAAGCGAUGUCAAUGCGUUGAUAGCCAAAAACGUGCAGGAGACAUCAAACGAUGAUACGGUUUAUUCGCUUUAUCAGGAGAUAAGGAUUUUGCUGGAUAGCUUUGAGUCCGCUCCUUCUAUUUAUGACCAAAUGAUGUCUAGAAAAAAGAUCGAGUCCGAUAAAGCGAUACUUGACCACCGCAAAGAUCUUUCCAUCAUCAAUAAGAACGAUGGGCACUGCAUUACUCAUGUUGAUGAAAACAUGACCAAUUUAGAGUUUAAAAUCACUGAAACUCUCAAGAUCAAACAGUCCCUUUUGAAGGAAAAGAUCGAGCACUCGCAUGAGCCAGAUCAAGCGCAUUUGGACAAGGUUCCGGAAAAGCUUUUUUUGAAAGAAGUUGAUUUGAAAGGCGCCAAAUAUAAUUUUCUCCUUGCAAAUCGGCGGUUUGAGAGGCAAAACUUUGUUGCGGAAAAGUUUUUCUUUGAAAAGCAAAUUUCAAAGCUCGAUUUUCUAGAUAUCACCGAGUACUUUGGGUUUUUGGUGCUCAAAAACCUCAAGAAAAACGAGCAUUUUUCGUUCCCAGUGGUGAUAUACGAAAUUCCGGUGUCCAUGAAGUACUAUCUCUUUUCCGAAAACGGGUCAGCCAAAAUAUGCGGCUUUCUAAAUGGGCUGCAAAACAACUUUGACGGCUUCUUUGAAAUAUACAGUGCACAUUAUUUGGUGCCUCCCGUGGAAUCCGAUAAAGGCGGAUCCAUUUUUAUUGCGCAAGAGUGA